AUGGGGGGGGGCAUGUGUACAUGGGGGCGGGUGAGUCACUUCCCGCGCUGCCCCCGCGUCCGGGGAGGCGUGGCCUCGGCGGAAGAGGGCGUGGCCAACAGCGGCGCGGACGGGGGAGGGGCGUGGUCAAAGCGGGAAGUGGGCGUGUCCCCGGCAGCGGAAGGGGGCGUGGCCAGCGCGGGGCGCGCGGCUGGCGGGAGGCAGCGGCCGGGAUGCCCUUGCCCCCCCCCCCCGCAGCUCUUCUACUCCUUCUUUAAGUCCCUGGUGGGGAAGGACGUGGUGGUGGAGCUCAAGAACGACCUCAGCAUCUGUGGGACCCUGCACUCAGUGGAUCAGUACCUCAACAUUAAGCUGACGGACAUCAGUGUCACCGACCCCGAGAAGUACCCGCACAUGCUGUCGGUCAAGAACUGCUUCAUCCGCGGCUCCGUGGUUCGCUACGUGCAGCUCCCUGCGGACGAGGUGGACACGCAGCUGCUGCAGGACGCGGCCCGCAAGGAGGCGCUGCAGCAGAAGCAGUGAUUGCGGCUGGAACCGC